GUUUUAAUAAUUUUAUAUAAAUUUGUAAGUAUUUAUUAAUCCAUUGGGCUGAGGAGCCGUUCAGUUAUGACGUCCAGGAUGGGGGGUCAGCAAAAAAAUGAAUAAAAAAAAUUCCCGAACCUUCAAUUUCGGAUGUCAUCUGUGAACGACCCUUAACUGCACGACCCAAAAUCUUAAUUGCCAUAAAAUAUUUUUUUUGUCAUUUUUAACAGAUAUUGCAAGAUAAAAUCGACAGCAAUGGCCUUGACAUGCAAAUUUGAGGAUCAAGAAUAUAUAAAUGGAGUUAUUAUUUACGCCUGUAAAAUAAAAUAUCAAUCAAUUCCAUCAAAAAUCCUAAAAGUUCGUGGACGACACCUUCAAGGAAAGACAAACGAUGAUGUUGAAGAAGUCAGAUUCGUAAAGUGCAACAUUCCAGUAGUUCCAGCAGGAUUAAAAAAGAUCUUUCCAAAAAUGAACGAUUUGAGUGUCUGGAAGUCAAACUUAAAAUAUGUCUGUAACAAGGACUUAAUUGAGUAUCGACAUCUAAAGGAACUUCACCUUUUUGAUAAUAAAAUUGAAUUUGUGCCUGGAAAUCUGUUCGAAGGAUUCCAAAAUUUAGAGCAAAUUGGACUUAAUGACAAUAAAUUGCAAAUGAUUGAACCAAAUUUGCUUUUUGGAUUUGACAAGUUAAAGCUUUGUAACAUUAGUGACAAUCCAAGAUACAAGACGAACUACUCAAUUUAUGAUGAAGAUGACUCAAAUGCAACAUUUAAUGAAGUUAAAGCUGAAAUCGCUAAAGUCUUUGCUGAUCAUGUUGAUGAACAUUUGCAGUUAAAAAAGGAAUUUAUGGAAGGACUUUCAAAACGUAAUGAAGAUGAGGAUUUUUGUGAUGAUUCCAGUUCAAGUGGUCAGCCUGAUUAUGAGUAUAGAACAUCAGCUUAUGAUCAGGAAAAUCCUUAUGGUCCUAAAUACAGCCUUAUCAGUGACAUUAAAACUCAUUUGUAUCUUGGAGCCCGAGAUUUUAAGAUUAUUAUAACCGAACGUGAAUUCGAUGUCCAUAAAUUCUUGCUUGCAGCACGUAGUGACACUCUUUAUAAUAUAUUUUUGGAGAAUCCACAAAUAGAAGAAUUAAAGUUGGUCGACAUUUCCGAGGAAAUGUUUGAAAUAAUUCUUAAAUUUCUCUACACUGAUGAACUUCCAGGCGACGAUGGGACAAACUAUUUAGAGCUCUUUGCUGCUACUGGGAAACUAAGAAUCGAUCUUUUAAUGAACCAUGCAGCAAAUAAGAUUAAAGAAAAGAUUGAUGAAAAUAAUGCGUUGGAUAUCCUCAAAUUAAGCAAUAGAUACAAUCAUUUUGAUCUAAGAAUAAAAGCAUAUGAUAUAAUUAAGAGCAUGUAUCCGGACGUUGAUUUCCAAAACAGUUGGUCUGAAGAUUUAGAAAAAUUGACAAAAGUCUUAAAUUUCAUUAAAAAGAAGGAAGAAGUAAUGCAGAAAUUUGAAGCUGAACUUAAGGAUUUAGCUUAAGAUUGACGAUCCUAAGAAAACUCAAGCAGAUGGUCGACCUACAUCAAAACUACUCAAAUUAAAUAUUAUUUAUUCAUUUUGUUCUGAAACUUUUUUGUAACGCUUAACAUUUUGAAACUAUUGAUGAAUAAACUUUUGGUAAACAACAGCACUCGACAGGAUUUAAAAAAUAAUUAAAAUU